AGCCCUCGGCUCGGACCGCCUGGGUCCCGGAGGCAGCUCGGACCGCCCGCCUCCAUGUCGUCCGGGGCUGCUCACGCUGGCUACGCGGGCGGAACCGCGGUCGCGGCCGGGACCCGGCCGCACGUGGUGAUCUCCACCAAAUUCGAGGAGCUGAGUUGGUGGAGACGAAGACGUUGAAUAUCGUUUUACCUUUGUCACUCUGAAGCCACCAAACUGGCGCUGUGAAAGCCAAGUUCAGCCUUCCAAAGGAAGAGAGCGGAGAGAGGUGAAGAAAGGUGAAGAGGUGAAGAGAGGUGAAGAGGUCUACUUCUUUAAGGAACCAUGGUACAGCAUCUCCCUCAAGGUGAAGGAGGGCCUGGAACGAGCAGGGUGCUCGGUGUACAACCCUAACACAGACAAUGCCGAACUGUGCGAAGCUGAGCUGUUGAAAGAUUGUUGACAGUGCAUCUGUCCUUGGCGCCCUGUUGAAACGGGGUGAACAAACACAUGCGCACAAUCCUGCGGGAGAGUUCGGUUCUCGCGUGGAGAACUCGCAUAUUGACGCAAAACACAUGGGAAAACGCAGAAGCCAAUGCAGAAGGCAACGGCUGGCGACUUGGAACCACUGAGGUGCAAGCAAAUGCAGAUCGAGCAGAAGACCAACGACCGGUGGCUUCUCACCUUCAACGAGAACUUGGCGAAGGUUAUGGCGACUCAGGGCUUUGUGAUCCAGAUCCAACAAGGGGUUGAACGGGAGAAGUCCUUCAUGCAGGAUGCACAUGGCACAAAAGAGAAGAUGGCGCGCUGGCUGAAGGUGCCACGGAUCGGGAUUUAUUCCCUAGAGACCGAGAAAGUGGUCUUUCCCCCGGACCACUUCCAGACCGCGAAGGAGAAGGCGCAGGAGCAGUGGGCCAAAAAGGAGAUCGGUCCGGAGGUGGUGAUGUGCAGCGAGAUCUUCGAGCCCCUGGUGGAGGGCCAGAAGCUGCCGGUGGACAAGGACGGCGCUAUCACCGGCAAAGCUCGCGGCGUCGACGCGAACGGCGCGGUCUACGAAGGAGACUUCGUGAGGCACAAGAGGGAGGGACGCGGAAAAUACACCUGGCCGAACGGCGACACGUACGAGGGAGAAUUUGCCCACCACAAGAUCCACGGGCGAGGCAUGUAUCGGUACGCCAGCGGAGACGUGGAGGUGGGAUCAUACGAAGCGGACGAAGACACGGGUGUCGGAGUGAAGCGCCUUGCGGACGGCAGCUAUUGGCAGCUAGACGCUGGCAAGGUGGUGAAGAAGAUCAGUGAGGAGGAGGCGAAACGGCUGGUGAAGCAGCACACCUUGCC